CUUCUUCCCCUAGGACAAUAUUUUAGGGUUCUAGCGCGGCAAUGGCGUUUUCAUCGCGGGGGCGUGGGAGGCAACGAGGGAGGGGUUUUGCCGUGGGAAUGCGCCCGGUGGCUGAGGCGGAUCGCAUCACGAUCAUGGACCGGCUCCAGCAGUUCCGAGAGAGUAGCUCCCAGGAGCUUACGUUUGAGGCGGAUCUAAGCAACCACGAUCGGGCAGUAGUGCACAGUUUCUGCCAGAAGAUGGGAUUUAAAUCCAAGAGUUAUGGUAAAGGUAGCGAUCGGCGUGUCACAGUCUUUAAGAAUGUGAACCGGAAGGAGGCCAAUGCUACCGUGACUCCGAUUUUCUUUUGUCGAGAAACUAAGGAAGUUCUCGUGGAGAUCUUUUCGCAGUUUCCUCCUAGUGAUGAAGAAGGAAAUGUUGCUAUCAAUGCUCCGGCUGAUGUAGAUCCUGUGCUGAGCUCUGCUGCUCCGGAGAAGGUCACGGCACUGUUCUUGACUCCUGCCGAGAUCGCCAACAAUGUGUCGCUUCUUUCAAAGAAGAGACAGACAACGCUCAAGAAGCUGACAGAGACGACGCAAAAGCUUCCGAUUUGGAAGUUUCGAGAUGUUAUCACGACUACUGUGGAUCAAAACAAGGUUGUCAUUAUAGCGGGUGAAACAGGCUGCGGCAAAUCAACACAAGUCCCUCAGUACUUACUUGAUCAUAUGUGGGGGCAAGGGAAAUCGUGCCGGGUGGUAUGUACUCAACCUCGUCGAAUUUCUGCUACUUCAGUUGCGGAUCGUAUCGCGACUGAGCGUGGAGAGGCUAUUGGUGAAACGGUUGGCUAUCAGAUCCGACUAGAAAGCAGAGGUGGUCCUCAUAGCUCCUUAAUGUUUUGUACCAAUGGGGUACUUCUCCGGAAGCUCGUAACGGCGAAAGAAGCUGGAGUUUCAGCAACGCAUAUCAUUGUGGACGAAAUUCAUGAACGAGAUUGUAAUGCGGACUUCUUGCUUAUCGUUCUAAAAGGAUUGUUAUUGGCUCAGCCAGACCUCCGAUUGGUUCUCAUGAGUGCCACUCUUGAUGCGGAACUGUUCUCUUCGUAUUUUAACAACUGUCCGGUUUUGAAGAUACCGGGUUUUACUCAUCCAGUGACCGUGUACUACUUGGAGGACGUUCUCUCCAUAACCAAUUUCGAGGCCAAUGCUAGAAAGCUCACUGCGGAGCCUGCGGCAGAUAGCCUUUUGCUCAGCGAGGAAGAUGCAGAUGAGAUGGACAACGCGUUGACAUGUGCUUGGUUAGAUGAUGACUUUGAGCAACUUCUGAGCUUGGUGACCGAGAAUCCAAGACCUGAAGUCGUAGAUUACCAGCAUUCGUCGACAGGUAUUACGGCCUUAAUGGUUGCAGCUGGGAAAGGAAGGGUCGAAGACGUCGGCGUGCUUCUAUUAUUGGGAAGUAGCUGCUCGCUUGUGUCACAAGAGGGACAGACAGCUUUAGACAUGGCCGAAAGUAACGGGGAAGAGGAGGCUGCAGAAACGAUAAGGGAACACAUCAAACAGGCAACAGAAGUCCAAACUGCAGAAAAGGAAGCCGAAAUUCUUGGGAAGUACCACGGCUCUGUGGAUCAAGAAGAAGUAGACAUUCUUCUGAUCGAGCGUCUACUCCAUACUAUCUGUAGUGAUCCUGGGGACGGAGCUGUUUUAGUGUUUCUUCCUGGCUGGGAGGAUAUUACGAGAUGCAGAGACCAGCUGAUGGCGUCACCAUUUUACAGCGACGAAACCAGGUUCCUCAUAUUACCUCUGCAUUCGAUGAUUCCUAUGAGCGACCAAAAGAAGAUUUUUACGAAGCCACCGCCCGGCGCGAGAAAGAUUGUCUUGGCAACCAACAUUGCUGAGAGCGCCAUCACCAUUGACGACGUUGUCUACGUGAUUGAUAGCGGGAGGAUGAAGGAGAAAAGCUAUGAUCCUUAUACAAACGUCUCUACUUUCCAGACAACGUGGGUUUCAAAGGCAAGUGCACGACAACGGCAGGGACGCGCAGGUCGCUGCCGUGCGGGCUUCUGCUAUCAUUUGUUCUCCAAAGUACGUGCUGCAUCCUUGGCCGACUUUCAACUUCCUGAGAUGAAACGAACUCCUCUGGAAGAAGUUUGUUUGAAGGUAAAGCUUCUCCAGCCGCGUGGUGAUGUAAGGGAUUUCUUGUCGAGUGCUUUGGAUCCACCACUCGACAUAUCCAUCCAGAACGCUAUGUCACUACUCCAAGACAUUGGUGCACUUACACCUGCGGGAGAGCUUAGUGAACUUGGACAACAACUUGGCUCGUUGCCUGUUCAUCCAGCUACGAGCAAGAUGCUGCUGCUGUCGAUACUACUCAACUGCCUGGAUCCAGCACUUACUAUCGCCUGUGCAGCCGGAUACCGAGACCCUUUUGUGCUACCUAUGGCUCCGCACCUGAAGAGAGAGGCUUUUGCUGCAAAAAAUCAUCUGGCUUCAAAGUACGGGGGAUACAGUGAUCAUUUAGCAGUCGUUGCUGCGUUCGACGGAUGGGAAGCGGCGAGAAAAAGGGGUCAGGAGUAUAGUUUCUGCUCGCAGUACAGUUUAUCACCAGGUGUUAUGAACAUGCUGGACGGAAUGAGAAAGCAACUACUCAGAGAGCUGACGUUGAAGGGGUUCGUCAAGAGAGAUCCGCGGCCAUGCAGCUUGAAUGCAAAGGAUCCAGGCAUUGUCCGAGCAAUACUCUCCGCUUGCUUAUAUCCGUCCGUGGCAAGAAUUCUGCCCCCUGAUGAAAGUGGUCGGAAGGUUAUUGCUCAGAUAGCCAGGGGCGAGAAGGUUCGGAUCCAUCCUCAGUCAUCGAACUUUCGACUGUUGGUUCAGCAGCAGUUCCCGGAUCUUAACGUUUACAACGACCACCUUCUUGUUUUUGAAGAAGUCACUCGCGGAGAAUCUCAGGUGUAUAUCAGAAACAACACUUGCGUCAAGCCUCAUCCACUUUUGUUUUUCUGCACCGAGCUGUCCGUGGCGCCUCUUAGAUCUUACCGAGAGGAAGAGUAUGAGAUGGCUGGUCCUGCCGAGAGGGAGCUUAUGGAGGCUGCGGACGACACACUGGCAAUGGUGAUAGAUCGAUGGCUAAAGUAUCAGACGUCGUCGGUCAUGGCGGCACAGGUUUAUUGUCUGCGCGAACGGCUUUUAUCGGCUUUGCUCUUUAAGGUGAAGAAUCCGAGUGCCAACUUACCGGAUAUGCUCGCUGCGUCCGUGCAUGCACUCGCCUGCGUUUUCUCAUACGAAGGCGCAUUGAGUAUCGACGACUAUCGUACACCUCCUCCACGAGGAUAUGUAACACAACAACAAGAACAACGAAGACCACAUCAACAUGAAAGAAGAAGCUCGAGACAGGAAAAUUCAUCUUUUGAACGUUCUUAUCGAGCUAAGACCAAGUAUGUUCCGGUUGUGAGGCCAAGGAACUAAAGCAAGGGGUUUGCAGCUUCCACAAUGGCAGCAGCAUGUCCUUGCGCUUCCGUCUCCCGGCCUGGAAUGCUCUCGAGCAUGGGUUUUCUCAGAAAUCAAUGCUAUCAGCUCCAGAAGAGAGUGGCAUUUCCCGCAAGAAGCUGGACACGCAGAUUGGCUACUGUCGCAUAUAUGGAGAAUUCGAGCAGCAACCCAGUCGCCAAGCUCGUUAGUUCACUCCCUAUCGUGGGUCUGUUCAUGAGGAUACUCAGUGACGAAGGUGGAAUAGGAGGUGAUAGAGUGGAUUUUCCGGACUUUUACACAAGGGUGCAGAAGAGAUGUCCGGAGGACGCGUCAGGAGCGUUCGCUCGUUUUGUAGAGCGCCACGGCAAGGUAGCGAAGCCAAUGUUCGUGCUUGUUUGGUGCUGGGUAGCGGCAGUCGGCGCUGGUCUCCUUAAAAGUGAGGACAUUGCAAUGGCGGCUUCUCGUCUCAGAGUUUCUUACGACGUCCAGUACGAGGUCGACUGCUUUGGCCUUCUUAUGGACGAAGCUCUACAGAAACGAAGAAAGUCUAAUUCACCAGUUCCGGACGUGCCAAUGAUCACACGGAUCGAUAAAGCUCUAGACGGGAUUUGUGCGUGCUCCAUCGGGACAAAAAAAAUCUCCAAGGAGGACGCUGAGCUGCUCUCCAAGAUGAUGUCGGCAGUCUUUCCGGGAGUCCCAGCACGCGAGAUUGAUGAGCUCGUCGAAGCUCGAGUCUCCAGUGCAAGCUGAGCGAACAAAACUAGAGGUCUCUCAGCUUUGACGAGAAAACUGUCAUGUUUCUACCUUGCGAUUUCGUCGCUAAACAGGGAAAUGCCAUGCUUUAUACAAACGUCCUCUUCUACAAGAGCCUUCUUCUCCAAGACCAACGGCGAAAGCCAAGAACCACCGAGAAGGAAGUUGGAAAGCUAGCGAAAAACCAAGAACCACCGAGAAAGGGGAAAAAAUGGAAAAGGUAAAUUUACACAUUGCAUUGAUCGAAGCUCACGACUUUGGAUCCAUGGCGUGGAGCUUGGCCAGCCUCUUGCGCUCCUCCCCGCGCAGCUUGGCGCCGGGAGUGAACUUCCUCUUGCACCUCAAGCAGCGCCGCCGCGGUUGAUCGUGCCGGUGGUUGUUAAAGUAGUCGAAUCGCGUCGCGGAUCCACAAAAGAUGCAUGCCACCGCUGCCGGAUCAUCCCUGCGCCUCAAAUCGCUGGCCGGAGGAGGAGGAGGAGGAAGAGGAGGGCGAGACAAAUCCUCCGCGCUCGCUGGAGAAGUCACUGCGCUGCUCGAUCCCAGAGGCGCUCCGGCAAACCCCAGCGUGAGCCAUGGUUUCUUGCCGCCAAGGUCGGGAGCGCCAGUGUCUCGAGACGAGGACGACGAUGACGACCUCUCGCAGCUCGCGCUCGCGCUCGCGCUCGUCGAUGGGCUCCUGCAGAGCGCGAGGCCCAGAUCGAGCUCCUCCCCCGGACGAUCCUUGUGAUCUUGGGCGAUCAAAGUCGCGAUUUGGAGCUCUAGCUUGCGGAGGAGAGUGGUGUCCUGGUGGCGGCGAUGAUCAUCCAUGGAAGAGAAGAAGAGAGGAAAAGGAAGAGAAAAAAGCAAUGCAUUACUUUAGCUUUAGGGUUUAUAUA